CGGAAAGCCCAGAGCGCGAGAAAGUGGGCAGAACGCUGUUCUCUGUUGCGUGUGACUAAUCGAGCUUCCCUGUGAAGUAGCAUUCAAUUCAUACCAACCGUCUGUUCACCUGAGAGAUCGAAAGCGUUGUAAAAGAGCAGGUGAGUAACUCCAGUGGUAAUUUAGAUUUAAGUCGACUACUUGUCUGAACGUUAGUUUUAAACAACACAGUAAAACUUCUGGACAUCUGAGUGCUGACAGCGCUGAAGUUCCUUUAGAUGUGAACCCCAUUGGUGAGAACAAACGAGCAAAAAAAGGAUCAUGGCAACGGGGGGAUUUAAAUCUGCACCGACAGACUUUUUAGAAGAAUGGAAGGCUAAACGGGAGAAAAUGAGGGCGAAAAUGCUUGUGGACAUAGCCGCGGCCACUGGCGCGUGUGCUGGUAACGUGGCUGCCACUCCAUCUCUUGGGACAGGCAACAGCAACAAAAGUGAGGCGCGCAGUGCCGCUCAGAGCACCGAACUGAACAACAACGCCAACAUUGAUCGCGGGGGCUCUGUUCCCGUUAACUGCCUGACAUCCUCUCCAAUGGCACGCUCAUCAUCGUCCUCGGCCUUGAAGAGACCCGAGGACGACCUGCAGCCCACCACACCAGCACCCAAAGGAGCGGACAACCAGGGAAGUAACUUGAAGAAGACACCUCAGCCGGAGAAAGUUCCUUGUGCCUCUCAAGAUUCCAGCCCCACUGCUGUCUCUAAUGACAGUGACAAAGAAAGCACGUCACCUGGCAAAGGCAAGGAGAAGAAGAAUAGUGGUCCAAGCUCCAGGAAGGGGAAAGGGCAGAUCGAGAAGAGGAAGUUGAGAGAGAAGCGCCGAUCAACUGGUGUUGUCAGCAUACCAUCUAACGAGAGUUUGGAUGAGCUGGAUGAUGAUGACGGAGUAAAGAAGGACGUGGAUAUCACGCAGCACAACACGGUCCAGAACGAGGCCAUGACCGACCCCGGGGCUGCCCACCUAUUACAGGACACUCCAAGGUCCGGGAGCAGUCGUCAGAAGAGCUCCUCAGGGCCCGGCUCCGAGGAGGAGUCUGGGGGAAACAGCCGACAGCGCCACAGCCGCCCCGGGCGAGAGGCUGCAGCCCCCGGAGGCCUGGAGAGAAGGCUGGAGGACCUGGAGAAGGAGCUGGCCAUGGAGAGGCAGGAGAAUGACAAGCUAGCGAAGGCCCACCAGGACAAAGACGACCUCAUCGACAAGCUAAGGGAAGAGAUCGACCUGCUCAACAGAGACCUCGACGACAUCGAGGACGAGAACGAGCAGCUCAAGCAGGAGAACAAGACUCUGCUGAAGGUGGUGGGUCAGCUGACCAGGUAGAACCUCCAGCAGGUAGAACGUCCAGCAGGUAGAACCAACAACAGGUAGAACCUCCAGCAGGUAGAACCAACAACAUGGACAUGUCCUUUCCCCAGAAUGAACAACAAACCCUUUACAGUGUCAUCGGACCGCCAUGUCUCACUUUCCUGUCAUUCCUGAACAAAAAAAUAAAUAAACACACACAUAUAUAUAUAUAUGAGAGAGAGAGAGAUUUUAGAACCUCCCAUCCAUAGAUUCUACUUGAGUGUUCCCCCUGAGGAUGGGAUUCUGACUUCAGUGGAUUCUAAAGAAAGUGAGUGUACCUGUUCCUGGCCUCAUUGUGUCUCUGCGGAGGUCCUGUUGUGUCUAUGGUGGCAUAUUUAAUGUAAAUGUGUUGUAAAUAUUCCAUUUGGAUUUUGUUUGUUUUGUUCGAUAAAACCUUGAAUAAGGAAACAUUGAAUUUUCCCAGUUCAUCACAAAGCACACAAGGUUCUCCUGUAGGUUGUUUAAGUGAGCUGACAAUGCCCUCUCCACAUUCAUAAACUCACGGUCUGUUCACCGGGGGUCUUCUGACACAGGAAACAUUCCCAGAUCCAGGUCCUCCUUAUGUGUAAUGACAGUGCAUUACACAGCAAAUAUACUCUGUGGAUCAUCUCUACAUCCAUGUCUAUUAGACCGUCAAUAAAUCCUGUGCGAUUCAGACCACGUCAGACAAAACCACUACUGUCAGCCAAAGUGGGCUCUAUGCCUUGCCCCGCCCUUUUAGGGACACAUCCAAGAGCACCACAAGCUUGAAGGAACGAGAGCAUUCGACCUGCUCGUGCCCAUGGUUACCUUACCAUUCAUACGUGGUACAUUUGAACCCAGGUUGUAUAGAAACAACCCGGACUCAUUAAAGAUAUACAGUAUAUACCCAUGCUUUAGCUGUUUCAAAUGUUGACAAUUUAGUUUUGCGCUGUAGUAUGUUGGUGGUGAGGUUUUGUUUUGGGGUUUAACCCUGUAGGAAUCAAUGUGGAAUCUGUGUGUAUGCAUAUUUUGGCGUCUUUAAUUCAAGCGUUUACAACUUUCCUUUUUUUUCUUUUUUUUUUUCUUGGAAAUGUUGUUAGCUGUGUUAGCUGCUCGUGGUAUAGAGUGAGCGAGAUAUUUACAGUAAGCUACAGCUCUCCUUUUGUCGUAUGAUAACCAAAUUAACUGAAGGAACAUGCUGUUUGAAAUGGCUCUCAACUGUUUACUCUGAGCAAUGAUGAGGCUGAGACAGCAUAUUACUCUUACCUAAUCUGUACUUAGACCAUGCAUUCCUGUAGGGGCUGGGAGGGGGUGCAGAGGGGCUGGGGAGGGGGUCAGUUCAUUGUGAUGAAGUGCAUCUUUUCUAUCUCUCCCUCUUGUCUUGUACUUGUCAAGCCCACUGGGUGGCAAAGAAUAUAUUAAAAGUUUUCAACUGUACAGAGGGGAUUCUGAACAUAACCACUUUCUCUCUCUCUCACACACACACACACACACACACACACAUACAAUACAUCUCACUCACUCUCACACACGCGCACACACAAUCCAUCUUGCACACACAAACCGACACGCGUCCUACUCCUCUGUCUCUCUCCACUACAUCAUGCAUGUACAGAAGAUGAAGUCAUUUAAUAAAUGUUGAUUAUCUCUCUC